AUGAUGUGUUCUAACGUUGCGCGCUACAGCACGCUCCUAGUGAAACGCCGUUUUACUGCUCUCUGUUUAUUACCAUUGAAGCAUGGUGAAAAUGUUGUUUUCCUGUUACUGCUUGGCGCUAACCAAGAAGAUCUGCCUUUCAACGAUCAGGGUAUAUGCCCGGACAUGAUUAUGAAUCCGCACGGUUAUCCGAGUCGCAUGACUGUCGGGAAGUUGAUGGAAUUACUUAGUGGCAAGAAUGCAGUGUUAUCGGGUAGAUUUCAUUACGGGACUGCUUUUGCUGGUGAUCAGGUGUGCACUUGCUUGAAUUUUAUGCACAUUUUCAAAGAAACGAGGAUGAAGAGUUACUCUUGGUUACAUUUUAGAAGCUUUUCUCGGUCCCUUACUACACGCUGA